UUUCACCACACAAACCCUUCAGCUCCUACCACCCUCUGCGACUCCUGCCCUGACCGCCUGCUCCUGAUACCCCGCACGCUCCUGGACUCCUGGUCCUGGUAACGCACGCCCACGUCAUCGCCCCGCUAUCCACGCCGUGUCUUCACUCUCUCCUCAGCCCUGUAUCGCCAUGGCCGCGGCGUUCCUCUCACUUGCCGUCUGUCUGUGUCUUGUGGCGGAGCUCCGACCCGUCACCUCCGACCAUGACCCUGACUUCAGUCCUUACUACAAGUCGACCAUGCAGAUGGCGGUGGAGGCUGGUAUCAACGCCACCAGACACGAAGUUAGAACAGAAGACGGCUAUUGGCUGACACUUCACAGGGUGGGAACUUCCAGAGGAACGCCAAUCUUGCUUCUACACGGACUUCUGGGAAGUUCAGACCAGUGGCUUCUGCUUACCAGACAGCAGUCCUUGCCCAUGCUGCUCACGGAUGCAGGCUACGACGUCUGGCUGGGCAAUCUUAGAGGCAACGUUUACUCCAGAAGACACGACAUUUUAUCACCAGACAUCGACUAUCAGUUCUGGAACUUCAGUCUGCACGAGAUGAGCUACUACGACCUGCCCGCCAUGCUGGAUCACAUCACCGCCUCCACGGGCCACUCCAGAGUGUUCUACUGUGGGUAUUCCAUCGGAGGUACGUUGUUUCUCAUGAUGGCCGCCUCUCGUCCCCAAUACAACACCAGGGUACAAGCCGCCUACCUACUAGCGCCCCUGGUGGUGCGUCCUGGAGCCCUACUGGGCGGUCCAGCCGUGUACCGCAUGGCCUUCGAGUUCUUGUACGCCUUUGUGAGGCUGUUAAAGGAUUAUCAAGUAGGGGAGUUUUACCCCCGUCAGGCAGAAAUGCUGAAAGUAAAAGAAGAAGCUUGUGCGCCGACUGCACAAACAUUCCCUCUGUGUGUGCGAAUUUUGCAGAAACCUUUCGGACUCAUGUCUUCUGAAUAUGACAUUACCAAACUAGUGGAGUUCCUGAAAUCCUUCGGUUCCGGAACUUCCACCAAAGUGAUAGAACAUACAAUACAGUUAGUACAGACUGGGAGAUUUCAACAGUUUGACCAUGGCCAUCUGGAUAAUUUGGCAGUCUACGGAGCAACAAAACCUCCUGAAUACGACUUGACAAGGGUGUCCACGCCUACAGUAAUCCACUACGACAAGAACGACAUUCUCAUAGACUAUAAGGCAGUAGACCUGGCAGCCAAGAAGCUGCCAUGUUUGGUCUGCAACUGCCUGAGUAACCGAGAGGGGUUCAGCCACUUCGGCUACGUCAUCAGCAGAUACGCUGCGACGUUCGUCUACAAGAAGAUGAUCAAGUCUAUGAGGCUGCUGGAAGACAAGCGUGUCAGACUGAGGAGUCUCAGUUCAAAGUGUUACAAGUCAUGACAGUGACAGGUGGAGGAAUUGCUGUGGAUUUCUCAUCACAAAGUUAAAAGAAGGAGUAUUUUUGGAUCUAGUCAGAUCUUGUCUUCGGUAUUUGAUCAGUAGAAAUUCGCUAUUUGGGUACGUUUGAGACUGAGCAAGGCAACGAAGGAAAGAACAUUUUUCUUGGAUGAGUUGAGAUAUUUCAGUACUAUCGACUUUGUUUCCUGUGAACACCACCAAACAUUCUUCGCUAGGCCUAACGCUCUCAGAAGACUAUUGUAUAAAAAAAGCUUGAGAUGAAAUACAUGCUAAAUCGUUGACGUUUUAUGGUUAUCGGAUGUCAGAACAGUACUUUACAUUUAUACUGUACGUAAAAAUAAAACAAAUUUAAAAUCUGUUCCCAUGGUUGCACAGUACCUGAAACAGAAUCGCAGAUGAUCUAGAUGAUCUGAUGGAGAAAUAUUCCCAUUUUAUUUUAGAACCAUUGCCAUAAAAAUCAAUAUACAAUCAAAAGCUGUUACUGGGAAAACACUUGAAACCAUAACAGCUACAUAGUAAUACAUUUUUUUGCACAAAAUAGGAAAACUACUAUCAAACUAAAACAUACACUAUGUAAAGCUAGCUUAUACACAAAUGCUCCUCUUUAUACUAAAAAAAUGUCGAAGACAAGAUCCGAUGUAAAUACUAAAAUGUUGUAAAAACCUGUGUUUUACCAUUGACUAUUGGAUACUGAACUUUUACUUUGAGAUGAGAAACGUUCAUAAUAUCUCCUUACCCAAAAUAGCUAACUAUGAACUGGAUAUUAUUAAGAGUCUACAUUAAUUGGGAUUUUCUGUUAUAGACUAAAGACUUGAAAAUAUAAUGGUAAAUAUGUGUCUGGAAAUUUGGUUGGCAAACGUCUAUGAAAUCUGUGUUCAGCAAUGUUUAUGUGAUCAGCUGAUUUGAUUGUUGACGAUUGAUUUUGGAACAGCUGUUUGUGAUAGAAGGCGAAUGUGGAAAUAGCUCACUGUUGCUCGGGUUGUACAUUUCGAAAGGAAUUUAUACAUGAACUCACUUUUCCACUUUUGUACAAAUGUAAACUUUUUCUC